GAAACGUAUAUAAGCAAAGAGGGCUUGCAGUUUCGGCACAGCGACUUCUCUGAACACAGCAAGCUUCCCUCCUGUGCAGUCAACAAGACCUCAAAAACCAUCACAAUGGCCAUCACUGACGUGCUCGCCGCUGCUGACAUCAGCGCUGCUCUGAGCGGCUGCCAGGCUGCUGACUCCUUCAACUACAAGACCUUCUUCGCUGCGGUUGGUCUUACCAAGAAGUCCGCUGGAGAGAUUUCUAAAGUUUUCGGCAUCAUUGACCAGGAUAACAGUGGCUUCAUUGAGGAGGAAGAGCUCCAACUGUUUCUGCAGAACUUCUCCAAAGGUGCCAGAGCCCUGACAGUGGCCGAGACCAAGGCCUUCCUUAGGGCUGGUGACGCCGACGGUGAUGGCAAAAUCGGAGUUGACGAGUUUUCCGCCCUGGUCAAGGCAUAAAUCACUGAAGACCAAGAUGAACGGAUUCUCCAUGUCCGUCACGUCCCCUAGAAACCUCACAGUCUUAAAGGCACAUCUCUGUAUGUUUUUAUAGACCAAUACCAUUCCUAAAAUCCCUGUAUGUUAGCUACAUUGUUGGAACUAUUUCAGCUUUCCACCUGUGUGAAGGUAUUUUAAACCAUAUUGUUUCACGUCUUAAUAUAGAAGGUGCUCUGUGCUAUCGCCCAAACAUAAUGUUUCAAUUGUGGUUGGAAGAGGGAAUACAAUAAAUACUUUUACAAAAAAAAAAAAAAAAAAA